AGUUGACACAUGGGUGUGGCUGUGUACAAAUUUUGUAGGAAGCAUAUUGAAUGGUUUCAUAUCAGCGUUUUUAUAGACGAUAUCCGAAACUACCUGUAAUAAUUGAUGGACAUGGAUUACACCGCAACCCAAAGUGUGUCCAGACAGCGUAAGUUAACGUACGUUGAUCAAACUAUUGAUCCCGAAACGAGGAGCACGUCAAUGGACGGGACAGACCCCAGUCAGCUGUUUGAUGACACCAGUGCAGUGCCGGGGGGGCAGCCCACUGGGUUCCAGGGCCAUGGUGUUGGGACGAUGGGCCACCCCGGCCGGACCCUCCUCUCAGACCCCAUGUCCAACUUGGCCAUGGCUUACGGGAGCAGCCUGGCCAGCCAGGGCAAAGACUUGGUGGACAAAAAUCUGGAUCGUUUCCUCCCCAUCUCUAAGCUGAAAUAUUACUUUGCCGUGGACACAGUUUACGUGGGCAAGAAACUCGGCCUGCUCGUCUUCCCCUACAUGCACCAGAACUGGGAAGUGAGCUACCAACAGGACACCCCAGUGGCUCCACGCUUUGAUAUCAACGCUCCUGACUUGUACAUUCCAGCAAUGGGUUUUAUCACAUACAUCCUGGUGGCUGGGUUAGCGCUCGGAACACAGAACAGGUUUACCCCUGAGAUCCUGGGCAUGCAGGCCAGCUCAGCCCUGGUGUGGCUCAUCAUGGAGGUGCUGGUUGUCCUCCUCAGUCUCUACCUGGUCACAGUCAACACAGACCUCACCACUAUCGAUCUUGUGGCCUUCUCCGGAUACAAAUAUGUGGGGAUGAUUGUAGGGGUCGUGGCAGGGUUACUAUUUGGUCGAACGGGAUAUUACCUAACGCUGCUGUGGUGCUGUAUAUCCAUCUUCGUCUUCACGAUCCGCACAUUGAGACUCAAGCUCCUGUCUGAGGCAGCAGCCCAAGGCGUGUUGGUUCACGGGGCCAGGAACCAGCUGAGGAUGUACCUGACCAUGUCCAUCGCAGCCGCCCAGCCCAUUUUUAUGUACUGGUUGACCUAUCACCUGGUCAGGUAAGACCACGAGCUGACCAGGAGUGUUUCAUCUGACAAGACACUUACCUCUCUAUGGAAAAAUAAGACUGUUCACUGACCAUCACUUCUCCCCACCAUUCGCUGCAGAGGUGCGGGACACAUGCACGGAUAAAUAAAACCACACACAAAUGGCAUUGUAGAAUUAGCAUUGCGAAGUCUCACAGUACCAGUGUAACAGUAGUGUUGACCUGUCUUUUGUAUUGUUUUUUAAAAAUGUAAUUGUCUAAGGAUAAUUGACUGGCUCGUUUUGUUUUGUAUACUGUAAUUAGUUAUGUUUUCUAAGUAUUUGUGAACAUAUGGUUGUAUAUUAGCAAUCCAGCUUGGGUCCUCAAUCGCAAAAGCUUUGACUGAGCCAAGGAUGGAAGCACAGUUAAGGCAAAUUCAUAGCCUACGUAAGUAGGCAACGCAAGAACGAAGUUAGCUCCGUAAAAUGGCUGUCCUGCGGCAUUGCAUUGCAGAAUUUGCAGCCCACAAUUUGUAAUGUGUCACAACUACGCAGGGAAACCAUUUCAUGUGGCUUAUUGUGUUCUUGCGUUACAUACUUACAUUGACUCAAAGGCUUUAGCAUAAUUUGCCUGCGCCGUCCAGUGAACACACAAAAAAAGCGCUCUUAAUGUCCUUAAUCACAGGAUGAUGUCUGUAAACAGAUUUGUGGAUGUGUGUUUGUAAAUAAGAAAAAUGCUUUUUGUACAUGUCUUGGUGCCACGAACUGAAGCCCAAACAAAAGACUUUCAAUCAUGUAACAAAGUCAUUAAGUCAUCUUAAAUUACAGCUGAUGCUUUUUUAAACAAGCUUGACAAAAUUACAUGAGCAUAUGACACUGUAAUUGAUUUUCAGGCUUCAAACUGGAAAAGUGGAAAAAAUAUUUAAUGGUUUAAGAUGUUCAAAUACUAGCCUCCAUUUCAAAUGUAGGCCUAAUUACUAGAGAUAUCACGCUAAAAUGGUGUUGCUUGCCAUGCCUCAGUUGCUUUUAUGAAUAUUUGAUAUACAGAGGCGGAAUAACAUGGAUCCUCUAAUGCUCUCUUCAACUUGAUAAAUAAACUGAAACUGGAGUACAAA